CAAUGUCACGUGGUUGGAGAUCAAAAGAAAGAGAGAGGAAGAGAGAAAAAGGGAAAAUGUGCGAGCGGCAGAAGAGGAAAGAAGGGAAGAGAAGAGAGAAGCAAUGAGACGCGUGUGCAGGAGCUGCUGCUUCUGCUGCUGCUGCUUCUGUGGAUCUGGGCUUUAAAAACACAACAGAUCUCAGCUUGGUUCUUCUUCUGAAUCCACAGAUUCCUCCAACUUCUUCACACUUCCAACAAAUUAAGGAAUUAUGUCCUGCUUUGCUGCACGGAUCCAGCCGGCGAGAUGAGGAAGAUGAUGAUGAUGAUGAUGGUCAUGAUGAUGAUGAUGAUGGUGGUGUUUGUUACCCCGAGAAGAAGAGGAAAGCAUGGGGUGUUCACCGUGCUGGAGCUUUUUCUUUGCUGCUUUCUCAGCGUCUCGGCCAAGGACACGGCCUUCGUGGAGGUGGUGCUGUUCGAGUCGAGCCCGAGCGGGGAUUACACCACCUACACCACCGGGCUUCAGGGCCGCUUCUCCCGGGCCGGAGCCACCAUCAGCGCCGAGGGAGAGAUCGUACAAAUGCAUCCUCUGGGUCUGUGUAAUAAUAAUGAUGAAGAGGAUCUAUAUGAGUAUGGCUGGGUGGGUGUGGUCAAGCUGGAGCAGCCUGAGCUCGACCCCAGCUGCCUCACCGUCCUCGGCAAGGCGAAGCGGGCGGUGCAGAGAGGAGCUACAGCCGUUAUCUUCGACGUGUCUGAAAAUCCGGACGCCAUCGAUCAACUUAACCAGCUCUCUGAAGACCCCCUCAAGAGGCCAGUGGUCUAUGUUAAAGGAGCCGAUGCUGUUAAACUGAUGAACAUAGUAAAUAAACAGAAAGUGGCACGAGCCAGAAUCCAGCAUCGGCCUCCAAGGCCCACCGAGUAUUUUGACAUGGGCAUUUUCCUGGCUUUCUUCGUUGUUGUGUCUCUAGUGUGCCUCAUCCUCCUCAUCAAAAUCAAACUGAAGCAGAGACGCAGCCAGAGCUCAAUGAACAGGAUGGCCAUUCAGGCUUUGGAAAAAAUGGAGACCCGAAAGUUUAAAGCAAAGAUUAAAAGUCAGCGUGAGAGCAGCUGCGGCGCGUUGGAUUCCCUGAGCAGCAGCUCAACAUCAGACUGCGCCAUCUGCCUCGAGAAAUACAUCGAUGGAGAGGAAUUGAGAGUGAUCCCUUGUGCACAUCGUUUCCAUAAGAAGUGUGUGGAUCCGUGGCUUCUGCAGCAUCACACUUGUCCACACUGCAGGCAUAACAUCAUCGAUCAAAAGAAAGGAAACCCUGGCCCUGUGUGCAUGGACCCAGGGAACCCGGGGCUCCACAGUCGACAGCCGAGGGUAGUUCUUCCUGUUCACUACCCUGGACGAGUGCAUCGAGCUGGACAAGUGACUGCGUUUCCAACUCGUACUAGCAUGGAUCCUCACGGGAACCCAAUAACUGUGUUAACAGUGGACCAACAUCCGGAUCAGAACCUUUACCCGAUGCAGACUAAUUUCAUUCGGAGUUACCACGGUAUGAACCCUCAUCACUGCACCCUAGAGCAUCGAGCACUUCCUUACCCCCAACCACAUGCCUUUAAACGCCCCAAAUUCCCUCGCAACUUCUCUCGUGCAGCUUGUUUUUCGCAGUACGAGACCAUGUAUCAGCACUACUACUUUCAAGGGUUGACGUUUCCCCAGCAGGAUGGACAGCCCGCUAACACCACCCACAAGGGCCACACCAGAUCUUUCCAACCUGGACUUCUGUACCCUACUUUGGUGCACAUGGCAGCACCUUCUUCUUCACGUCUAGUCGACUCUGGAAGCACCUCAGGGCUCGGAUGUUAUCAUGGACAUGGACGAUCUGUGUGUAGCGGAUAUCUCGCGGAUUGUCCUGGCAGCGAUAGCAGCAGCAGUAGCAGCAGUUCAGGACGAUGUCAUUGCUCUUCCAGCGACUCCAUGUUGGAUUGUACAGAAGUGAGCAACCAGGGUGUUUACGGAAGCUGCUCUACUUUCCGAAGUUCUCUUAGCAGUGACUAUGACCCGUACGUCUAUCGGAGCAAAAGUCCCUGCCGUGGAGUGGCUGGAGAAUCCAGUUCAGGUUUCCCGGCGAUGUCAUCCGUUAGCGAUGACCUACUGCCUCCUGUUUCAGGAGGAUCAGACUGCAUUCCGCCUCCUGUAGGAGCAUGCUACAAUUCGGGGGACCAACUAUCCAGUUGCAGUCUUGAGCCGAACUGCAGUAGCCACUCGUCACUGGAAACCAGGGAAAUCAUUAGCACUACCUCACCCCCAGGUCUAGAGGGAACCAUGGAGAAUUGUGGUGAACAAGGGGCAGCAUGUAGCUGCUGUUUUGAGGUUCCUUCUCUGAGUGUGGAGCUUAAAGGACAGGAAGGAGCAGACAUCACCAGGGUAGGACGUUGCCGACUAGGUGCCGAGCCUCAGAACGUGUCUGUCGCUUCUGCUCAGAACUUUUACGCCACUAGCAACGAACCGAUGUCGCCCUCAGAAUGUGCUAACUACGACGGACUGCCUUGCUGCUUCUACACAGAAAUGAAAGUACACAGAGGAAGCGGUGGACGUUGUGCUGAGGAUUAUUCUGUAAACGUACACUAUGCCCAAACGGACAGUGAUGGCUGCUCGGGGCAAGGAUGCUGUGAACUCGCUCAGCGAAUACCCAUAAUCCCUGAGGACACGGACUGCGAAUUGGGUCUCGUUUCCAAGCCUCAAACGAACCUUCUAAUAGAACAGCAUAGAACUUCUUUAGAUACGAAUCAAAGUUUUUUCACCUCAGGACAAUGCAGAGGUCAACCAUAUCAUCAGCAACAAGAUGACGAAGCAAGAGCACUAUUUUCCGCGCAGUUUAAGAUAAGCAAAUCGUCAACCGAGGGCUCCGGGUUGUAAGGCAAAAAAAAAAAAACUAGAACGAUGUCAUGAUUAAAAAGUUCAUCAGA